UGUAGUUGCUUCUGGGGUUUCACCUUGAAGCUUCAUAGGUAUUGUUGUCACUGAGGAAAGUAGCAAUGUUCAUAUUCUCUGCUUCUUCUUGUCAGGGAUAAAAUACAUAGAUAUACUUUUUGUGUCCCAGCUGAGUAACAGGAGGAGAAGAGUCUGGUGGAGCAGCAGAGGAACAAUUUCAGCCAUUUGGACUCAGCUCAGCCACUACAGAGGAAACAAUGACUUCAACACAAAAGAACCAACAUGGAGCGAGAAGUCAGCGCUCUCGGGAGGCCGACAAACCUCACAGAAGAAAGGGAGAGAAAAAAUACAGCUGUGAUGAGUGUGGGAAGGAUUUUAGCCAUCCUAAAAACUUGAAACCCCACAGACUCAUCCACAGUGGAAUUAAAUCGUACAGCUGUGCUGAGUGUGGAAAAUCUUUUACCCAGGCUGGACACUUAAAAACACACCAAAUCAUCCACAGUGGAGUUAAACCAUACAUCUGUGAUUUAUGUGGAAAUUCUUUUACUCAGGCUGGAAGUUUAAAAACACACAAAUUCAUUCACAGUGGAGUUAAACCAUUCAGGUGUGAUUUGUGUGGAAAGUCUUUUACCCAUCUCGGAAGCUUGAAAACACACCAGCUUAUCCACAGUGGCGUUAAACCGUACAGCUGCGACUUGUGUGGAAAAUCUUUUAGCCAACCUGGACACUUAAAAACACACCAACUCAUCCACAGCGGAGUUAAAGCACACAGCUGUGAGUUGUGUGGAAAAUAUUUUAGCCAGAAAGGAUAUUUAAAAACACAUGAACUCAUUCACAGUGGAGUUAAAGCAUACAACUGUGAGUUGUGUGGAAAGUCUUUUACCUAUCCUAGAAGCUUAAAAACACACAAACUCAUCCACAGUGGAAUUAAACCAUACAGCUGUGAGUUGUGUGGAAAGUCUUUUACCCAAGCUGGAAGCUUAAAAACACACAGACUCAUCCACAGUGCAGUUGAAGCACACAGAUGUGACUUGUGUGGAAAGUCUUUUACCCAUGCUGAAAGCUUAAAAAGACACCAACUUAUCCACAGUGGAGUUAAAGCAUACAGCUGUGAGUUGUGUGGAAAGUCUUUUACCCAUGCUGAAAGCUUAAAAACACACCAACUCAUCCACAGUGGAGUUAAAGCGUACAGCUGUGAGUUGUGUGGUAAGUCUUUUACGUAUCCUAAAAGCUUAAAAACACACAAACACAUUCACAGUGGAGUUAAACCAUACAGCUGUAAUCAGUGUGGUAAAACUUUUGCUCAGAGUAGCAACUUACGAUGUCAUCUAGUUACCCACUCUGGAAUUAAGGCGUACAGCUGUGACAUUUGUGGGAAAACUUUCAGCACGCUAGGGUACCGCAAUAUUCACGUACGGAUUCACACCGGACAGGAUGUUUUCUGCUGUGAUCAGUGUGGGAAACUGUUUACAACAGCCACACACUUACAAAGCCACAUGUUUACCCACACUGAGGAGAGACCUUAUAAAUGUGACCUGUGCAAUAAGGCUUUUAAAUCUCCACGUCACCUGAAACUCCACCAAGAGAUCCACAUGAGAAAGAAACUCUACAAGUGCAGUUACUGUGAGAAGCAGAGCGACGCAGGUGGAUCCAGUUCUCAACCCUGUCGUCACUGUGGUGGUGGGAAAGACUUUCGUUGUGACCUUUGUGGAAAAACUUUCAGUAGGCAACAAAGCCUAAAAAUACAUCAGCGUAGACACACUGGAGACAAAAUGAACUACUGCAAAGAAUGUGGGAGAGGCUUCCCCACAUCAAGUGCAUUAAAAAAGCAUGUACUCAUUCACAGUGGGGUCAAAAAGUACGUCUGUGACCAGUGUGGGUCAUCCUUCACCACUGGAGGUGAGCUUAAAGUGCAUAAACGAGUCCACACAGGAGAGAAACCAUACAAGUGCAAACACUGUGACAGAAGCUUCUCACGAUCGAGUAGUCGUAACCUUCAUGAACGUACACACGUGGAAGAGAACUUCAGCUGUGACCAAUGGCAUCAGUGUGAUCAUGUAGGACUGAAAUCACUGGAUCACAAUGAAUCUGAAGAGACAGAAAGAUCCACUUCUGGUUUCAGGGUCAGACUUAAAAACCUUGAGAUCAGGCUCCACAGAGUUCAGCUAGAGUCUCCUGUAAAGAGUGCAGCUGAUGUCACACUUGGAUUUUAUGAGAUUGGUUUACCCGAAUGUAGAAUCUCCCUGUCAUGGUUUGAUCAGUAAACCUCAUCCAGCUGGCUGCACUGAGAGGGAACCUGCUAUAUUGUGCAUGUAUUGAAUUUUCCAUUUGAUGUUGUUGAAUUCUUCUUUAUUUUGUUGUAUCCCUUUAUGGACAUGUAAAGAAAAUCAUUGUUGAGCUAAUGCAUGAUUUACUUCUGAUCUAUCUAAACUACUCCAUGAGCACAACAUGGCAUGGGCCAAAGCUCAGAGAACUAACCUCCACACUGAUCGGCUGUUUUUCAAGCAGCUGUGUGACACAUGCACAGUUGUCAUUAGAAAAGUCAAAGGUGAUCAUUUUCUUACAGAGACAACAAUCUCAACAACCCCUUUAAGAUUCGGGAGACAAUAAAAUUAUCUGGUAAUAAAACUGUUGGUCGGCUUAAUGAACAUUUUAUGAUGUUAUAAGAAAUAAAUGU